CUCCCCGUAAUCACACCUCAUUUUCCCAGAAUUUGCAGAAAAAGCUCUGUAACUCCGGCGACUAGGAUCGGAGCAAAGCGACUAAUAAGAACAAUGACGGUGGGCUGCGUUUACAAAGACCCAAACGCUCCGGUGGAGGAGCGAGUGAAAGACCUUCUGUCCAGGAUGACUCUCGAGGAGAAAAUCGGCCAAAUGGCUCAGAUUGAACGCCUGGUUGCCACUCCCUCCGCCAUCACUCAUCGUUUCAUAGGGAGUUUGUUGAGCGGAGGGGGGAGUAAUCCGUCGAAGAAUGCAGCGUCGGAGGAGUGGGCAGACAUGAUUGAUGGGUUCCAGAAGGCGGCGAUGGAGACCCGGCUGGGCAUUCCCAUGCUCUAUGGGAUUGAUGCAGUACAUGGGAAUAAUAAUGUUUAUGGCGCCACCAUUUUCCCCCACAAUAUAGGCCUGGGAGCUACCAGGGAUGAAGAUUUAGUGAGAAGGAUAGGGGUAGCAACAGCUCUUGAAGUCAGGGCUAGUGGAGCUCAGUUUGCUUUUGCUCCUUGUGUAGCAGUUAGUAGAGACCCUAGAUGGGGAAGAUGCUACGAGAGUUACAGUGAAGACACCGAAGUUGUAAGGAAAUUGAGCUCUCUCGUUACAGGUUUGCAAGGCGAGGUGCCCAAGGGACACCCGAAUGGCUACCCUUUUGUUGAUGGAAGAAACAAAGUUGUUGGUUGUGCCAAGCAUUUCGUGGGCGAUGGGGGGACUGAUAAAGGCAAAAACGAAGGAAACGCCAUAACAUCAUAUGACGAUUUAACGAAUGUUCACUUGGCACCAUAUCUCGACUGCUUGUCUCAAGGAGUUUGUACUGUCAUGGCAUCCUAUUCCAGCUGGAAUGGAAGGAAAAUGCACUCUGACCAUCACUUUCUGACCGAGAUUCUGAAACAUAAACUGGGAUUUAAGGGCUUUCUGAUAACAGAUUGGGAAGCGCUCGAUAGGCUUAGUGACCCUUAUGGCUCAAAUUACCGCGAAUGCAUCUUGUCUGCAAUCAAUGCCGGGAUAGAUAUGGUCAUGGUGCCUUUUAGGGUCGACUUAUAUCUGGACGAGCUGCUGUGUUUAGCAGAGUCGGGGGAGAUACCAAUGGCCAGGAUUGACGACGCUGUUGAAAGGAUCUUGAGGGUCAAGUUCAUCUCGGGAAUAUUCGAGCAUCCAUUUGCAGAUAGAUCUUUACUAGAAAUAGUUGGCUGCAAGGAACAUAGAGAGCUGGCUCGGGAAGCUGUCCGAAAAUCCUUGGUUCUGUUGAAGAACGGGAAGAAUCCCGAGAAACCAUUUCUUCCAUUAGACAAGAAUGCGAAGAAGAUCCUUGUUGCAGGAACUCAUGCCGAUGAUCUUGGUUACCAAUGUGGUGGCUGGACUUCUACUUGGGAGGGAUCCAGUGGCAGAAUCACAAUUGGGACAACCAUUUUGGAUGCAAUCAAAGAAGUCAUGGGAGAGGGCACAGAAAUAGUGUUUGAGCCAAAUCCAGCACCAGAAACCUUUGAUGGACAAGAUUUCACUUUCGCCAUCGUGGCUGUUGGAGAGACGCCUUAUGUUGAAACCGGGGGCGAUAAUCCACACCUCACGAUUCCACUAAACGGGCCAGAGAUCGCGAGCUUGGUUGCGGACAGGGUUCCCACAGUGAUGAUUCUGAUCUCGGGAAGGCCAAUGGUUAUAGAGCCACAGGUCCUGGAUAAGGUAGAGUCCCUGGUUGCUGCUUGGCUGCCUGGAAGUGAAGGAAAUGGGAUAACUGAUGUUCUGUUUGGGGACUAUCCAUUCCAAGGCAAACUGCCUAUGACAUGGUUUAGAACAGUUGAUCAACUGCCAUUCCAUGCUCAAGAGAAUCCCAUUGACCCACUGUUUCCUUUCGGGUUCGGGCUGACAGCCUAACCAGGAUAAACGGAUGAGAUUCCCGAAAAUGUUACAUUCCUCGUAUUGUUUCAGUUGGGAGUAAUUUCUAACUGCAUUGUUUUCUUGCUUCAAAUUGAAGAAGCCAAUCAACUUAAAGCUAAGAU